AUGCUUCAAAACAGUCUCAUGCGUCGUCCUACUGGCAUCAUUGGUAUCGACGAGAAAUUAGCUUACGAUGGGUAUACGCUUUUCACACCGUUAAACGACUCUGGCUAUGUUUAUCUUAUCGAUAUGUACGGAAACGAACUACAUCGAUGGGCACUGAAUGUUCACAGAGGAUUAUCUGCACGUCUGCUUCCUAAUGGUAACUUGGCACUUAAUGGAGAAUAUCCAGACUUUGACAGGUUACCAUUUUCACAGCAUGGUUUAAUGAGUAGUAGUUUAAUGGUUGAAGUUGAUAAAAAUGGUGUUGUACUACGUGAAAACAACGACAAUCUAGGUCAUAGUGAUGCAUAUUACUAUGAUGACGGACGCAUACUUUACACGACUAUGCUACCAUUAGAUCAACAAAGGUGUAAAGAAAUUGUUGGCGGAGUACAUAGAGAGAGGGAGGGAAAAGAAACUAUUUAUUCGGACAUUAUUAAAGAGAUUGACAAGCAAGGUUACUUACUUUGGGAAUGGAAAGCAGAUGAUCAUCUUUCAUAUCAAGCUUAUCCUAUUCAAACUAUAUUUGACCGUUAUCAUUGGCCAUGGAUCAGCAGUGUUUAUCCCAUGUCUGACGGGAAAAGCGUGCUGGCAAGUCUUCGUGUAGUAUCGUCGGUCAUCAUCAUAAGUAAGUUAAGUGGCGAUGUUAUAUGGAGCAUCGGUUCUGAACUCCUUGCUCAACAGUCUUAUGCAACGGAACUACUGAAUCAAAAUAUUCUUAUAUUCGACAAUGGUAACUAUCGUCAAGGUCAGCCACAUCGAUAUUCCCGCGUAAUUGAAGUAAAUCGUGAAACAAAACAGAUAGUUUGGCAGUACGUAGAUAAUAUGCCGGAGUCAUUUUUUAGUUCGUGUAUGGGUGCGGCUCAACGUUUGCCAAAUGGCAAUACAUUGAUAACCGAAUCAAUUUUUGGACGACUCUUUGAGGUGACUGUUGAUGGGACAGUCUGCUGGGAAUAUAUUAAUCCAUAUUUUAAUCAGCUACGUGAUCCACUGACGAAGAAGCUAUUACUAUCUAGAAAUAAUGUUCUAUGUCGAGCUUAUCGCUAUUCAGCCAAAGAAAUUCCCUGGUUAAAUCGAAGAGUCGAAGAAAGCAAACUACCUAGAGAAAUAUCGUUGGAUCCAGUAUGUUGGACUGGUACUGGAAAAUUAGCACAUUCCAUGCUGACAUACUGUCUUAACUUCCUUCAAACCAUUCGUGAUCGGCCAGCUUGGCAGCCGAUACCAUUAGGCAUACAAAACAAAAUACUUGACGAAAGACUACCUGAAACUCCUCAAGAAAUGGAAAAUAUUUGUGAGAGCAUAAAAUCGCUAGUAUUUCCAUAUAGUAAUGGUAACAUUCAUCCGCGCUUUUGGGGCUGGGUUGGAGGCAAUGCUUGUACAGUUGGUGGAAUAUUGGCAGAGUUAUUCACCAGUACUUUGAAUGUUAGUGUAGCAGGACGAUUAAAUAGUGGUCUUUUACUUGAAAAAUGUGUAUUAGAGUGGGUACGUCAAAUAUUUGAUUUUCCAACAGCAUGUAGCAGUUUGUUGGUUAGCGGAUCAAGCAUGGCAACAAUUAUUGCGCUUUGUACCGCACGCAAUAAUGCAUUAAAAGAUAAUGGUGAAAGAUCGGUGCGUCGUCAUGGAAUAACAGAAGCAAUGAAGACUAAUCCUAUCGUAGCCUACUGCUCGAGUGAAACACAUUUCUGCGUUACAAGAGCGUUCGAACUUUUAGGUUUGGGAAGUGAUUCUUUACGAUUAAUACCGUGUGAUGAUCAAUAUAGAAUCAAUAUUGAUUUAUUGAAAAAGAAAAUUAACGAAGAUCGGCAAGCAGCUUUCACUCCAUUUUGCUUGAUAGGCAAUGCAGGCACGACGAACACUGGUGCAAUUGAUAAUUUGUUAGAGUUAGCUGCACUUGCUAAAGCUGAAAAUUUAUGGUUCCACGUUGAUGGUGCAUUGGGCGGUGCUAUUAUUCUGAGUUCGUCACUAAAAUCACUUGUAAAUGGUAUACAAUUUGCUGACUCAAUCGCAUUUGACUUUCACAAAUGGUUACAAGUUCCUUUUACUGCAGGAUGUGUGCUCGUGCGCAACGGACAGUUACAACUAAAAACAUUUUCACCAUCACUCGGCGCGCAUUCAAAUUCCAAAUAUGUUGGUUUGAACAAAAGUAAACGAGGUUCGUGCGACAGGACAUGGAUUUCUGACUAUGGUCUAGAAGUAUCACGUCCCAAUCGUGCACUUAAAAUAUGGUUUCUAUUAAAAGAGCAUGGUUUACGAAAACUAGGGAAAAUAAUUGAACAGAAUUGUAAACAGGCGCAAUAUUUACUCGAGUUAUUAGAGAAACAUCAUCCGUUGAUUCAAGUAUUUAAGCCAGUUACGCUACUCAACAUCGUUUGCUUUCGCUUGGAACCUCCAGAAUUAAUCCCCGAUGCUACUAGUAUUGACUUAUUUAAUAAUGAGAUCGUUGCAGAUCUCGAGGAAGAUGGUACUGCCGUAGUGUCACUCACUACCCUGAAAGAUAUAUGCUACAUUAGAGUUUGUCUGAUAAGCCAUCGAUCUACCCGCAAUGAUCUUCAGGUAUUUGUCGAGGCACUUAUUCGUGUUUGUGAAAAACGACGGCAACUGCAUACAUCAAGAACGGAUAUCAUGGAUAAUUAA